ACUGAGCACCUGAGAAUGGCAAAUCUUACCUUCAACAACCUGUACGAACCAAAAAAAGCCUCAUUUGACAACAUGUACAUUUCACAAGACAGUGUCAGCAUCGAAGGACCUAAGAAAUGCAGUCGUUCAACAUGGAAACGGGCGUGGAUUGAUUUCACCGAGUCAACUACCAUUCAUGGGAUACGCCAUAUUUGGACGGCUGAUACGUUGGCAUUCAGAAGGUUUGUGUGGCUUACCCUCGUCCUCGCCGGCAUUGGAAUCAUGUCUUACCAGAUUAUAGACAGAAUCAUCUAUUACUAUGGAUGGAAGACAAAUGUUAAUGUCGGUGUUAACUUUAACGACACUCUACCGUUCCCAGCCAUUACAUUGUGUAACCAGAACGCUUUUAGGGCGACCGCAGCCGCUGCCGACAACCGGUACCGACUGAUUGAGGACAUGUACACUAACCGGCAGAAUUUCUCCGUUGGCGAUCUCGGGGCCGUCUACAACGCCAGCAACAUUACCGUGGGCGACCUAUAUGUUAGAGCUGCUCAUCGCAAAGAGGAUUUGAUCGUCAGCUGCCAUUGGGGAAGCACCCCAUGCUACCUAGAGGACUUCACUCAAAUAUUUACAGAUCAUGGAAUCUGUUACACGUUUAAUGAUCCUAUCUCCCCCGCCGAUGGGCUCAAUGUCACUAACGCAGGUAUCGACUACGGUUUACGCUUAGUCCUGAACGUUGAGCAGUACGAGUACAUGCCAGGCCCCCAUGACGCCGCCGGGGUCAAAGUAUUUAUUCACGACCAAGACGAAUUCCCAUUGGUCGGGGACCUGGGCCUUGCCGUACCUACGGGAUCUCACUCGUUUGUCGGGAACAGCUUGUUUGUAUUGAAAAACUUACCUCCUCCACACGGUGUAUGCGGGGAAAAACCGAUGAAGUACUUCACUAAUGUGACCUACACGACAGCCAUCUGUAAGAUUGAUUGCCUGACGACAGAGUUGAAAAAAGCAUGUGGAUGUCGAGAUGCCUAUUUGCCUCACAUAAACAAUGACCCACCAGUCUGUACUUUACUUCAAAUGUACGAGUGCGCCAUGCCAUUCAUUGACAAAUUCCAUAUCCGUGAGCACGAGAUCUGUGAGUGUCCAGUGCCUUGUACUUUCCAGGCUUAUGAACCCAGCAUAUCGUACGCUACCACAUCAAGCUUUGUCAUCGACAAGUUACUGGCCAAUCUGAACUAUGAAGAGCUGGAACAAAAGUACCGUCAUGCAAGAGAGGUAACGAAUCGAGUGGAAAAGGAUAAAUUCUUGAAUUUCAAAAAUACAGCAGACGACGUGAAGAUGAAGCUUUUGAGUAUCGAACUUCUCCUAAAGGAGGAAAUAGAGCAAAAAUUGCACGAACAGCGGGCAGUCCUGGCGAUUAAAAAAGAGGAAGUAUAUAAAAUCUGGAAAAGGAAAAACUUCAUCUUAAAUUAUCAACUUUAUGCAAUACAGAAGAAUUUCAUCAGAGCUCGAGAUGCAAUGGAAGAAAGGACGUUGAGUUACAUUGGGAACGGUUUCCAGGCUUUCGCUUUAGAUAUGCACACAAAGCUACAUGAGCUUGUCAACAUGGCUUCGGAUCAGGAGUGUACAAGAGAGGUGAUUUACCAGAUUCUCACCGAUAAAGUGGAUAUUGAAGUAGAAAUGAUUAACAGGGGCAUUGGCAAUUUAACAGAACUGAUAGAUGCCUAUAAGAAUGGAACUCCGAUAUUCAACUAUAAAUAUUCCAAAAUGGCACGAAACAACAAUCCAUACAUUGUGCCCAAAAAACUGAUGAAUGAUUCGCUGUACCGUACGUGGAACGCCAGAAACUAUGGCCUGAGAAUAGCAAGUGAUCUGGAGAUCCUAAAAGAGCACGUCCUGGGAUACAAAAACCUGACAGAGAUCGCCUAUUACAAUAGCACCCUGGAUCCCGACAGUCUUUGGUACGUCAACAAAAAAUUCAUCUUCUACAAUAAACGUUAUUUUCAUAAUAAAGCUAACCUCUACUUCGAGUCGAUAAAUGUACCCGAGAAAGUAAUGAAUGAAAGAAUUGAUAAUUUUACUCAGCUGUGGACAGAUUUUGUUGCUCUGACCGACAACAUAGAAAACAAUAUAGACCGUAUAAACGGCUCUCUAGAUGAAGUUCUAGGAAAAGUGAUGCCCACAUUAAGAGAGCUGAGUGAUCUAAGUCAAGAGUAUCUGGUGAAUUCAUCUGUUCUGAAGCUAGACGUGGCGAAGUCCGCCCUAUCCCCUGUCAUCCACGAAGGCAUUAAUACGAUGAAGGUGUUCUUCUUAGAAGUUAGAUCACGUGGUCAGGCUAUCUUCGACGAUUGGACGAAGCUCAUAGAUAUAACGGGCGACACCUGGCGAAGCAUUUUGACAGAUGUGGACUCGAUAGAGUACUACCAGUGGCGAGGUUACAAGAACUUCUUGCAGAAUCUUACCGAAGUUCUAGCUACAGAGGAAAGCCACUUUGUGUUCAUAAGAGACGAGACCGACAUUCGUGACGUCAUCGGAAAUAGAGACAGAAUCUUCUACUCCUCCUUGUACGACAUGAUGGACAUUAUGGGAGAUUUUAAAAAGAGUACGAAACUCGAUGGAAAUUUCUUGCGGGAAAAUUUUGUAUUCCUGGACGUGUUCUACAGUGAGUUGAGCUAUGAGGAAGUAACUCAGCAGGAAGACUAUACAAUAUUUUCUCUCCUAUGUGACAUUGGGGGAUCCAUGGGUCUUUUCAUUGGGGCUAGUGCCAUGAGUCUGUUUGAAAUUGUGGAUCUCCUUGUGGACCAGUCCUUUAAACAAGCUCUUGGCGCUGGGAAGCGGUGA